CGCCUCGCGAAUUUCAGCAGCCUUCAAACCGCCGAACCCACCAAAUAUCCGCCGGAAAAAGGCCUCGUCGUCUCCUUCCUGAUCAACUCUUGUGGCCUGUCGCCGAAGGACGCCGUUGCUGCCUCCAAGAGAGUGCAUUUCGACUCGCCCGACAAGCCCAACAACUUUCUGGGUGUUCUCCAAAAACAAGGUUUCACAGAGCCCCAGAUCUCCCGUAUCGUGAGGGGCCACCCCAAUUUACUCACGUUGAACCCAGAAAAGUGCAUUCUGCCAAAGAUCCAAUUUUUCCGGCGGUCGUUGGUCGGCGUUUCUGAGAAGGACGUGCUCGACACCGUCUCGAGAUUCCCUUGCUUCUUGGCCUCAAGCUUGAAGCACAAGCUCGAGCCCAAUCUCGAUUACCUCAAGAAUCUUGUCGGGCCCGAAACAACCGAAACCCUCUUCCGGAAGGGAUCCCGGGCUCUGUCCAGGUUCAACCUCACGAGCAAAGUCAUCCCAAACAUGAACCACCUGCAGGAGAUUGGGGUCCCUCCGGCCUUCCUCGAGCUUUCGUUGUUUCAGUGCAUUGGGAUAUUUUCCCUGAAAUCCAAUGAAUUCAAGAAGCUGGCGCAGAACGUGAGUGAAAUGGGUUUCGACCCAUCAAAAUCGAUGUUUGUUCUGGCAAUGAACGCUCUCUCAGGGAAGACUCGUUUGUCUCUGUGGAACAAGUGUUAUCAAGUUUAUCAGAAAUGGGGUUGGUCGAGGGAUGACAUAUUGUCUGCAUUCUUAAAGCAUCCAAAUUGCAUGCUCUGUUCGGAGAAGAAGAUCACGGCUAUCUUGGAAUUUGUGGUUCGGGAACUGGGUCGGGAGGCGAGGGUAGUUGCUAGGUGCCCGAGCAUUAUUUUUUACAGUAUGGAGAAGAGGAUAGUCCCAAGGUGCACUCUCGUUCGUGACUUAGCUUCCAAGGGGUUGGUCAAGGAAGAUUGGGCAUUGACGAGUGUGCUUCGCCUUACGGAGGAAGAUUUCAUGAGGAAGUACGUGAUGGACAGUUCUAUGUGUGAUGUGUGUCUCGACAACUGGGUGAAUAAACAUCUUGUCAGCUAUCUUGAACUCGCACAAGUGGUAAUUUAUUCUCCAGAAUUGAAUCAGGCUUUUCAUGCUUUGCUCGACGUUCCCCACUGAAGAUGGAUAAAUCUCAUCUGGUAUCCAGUGUAAAUGUGUGGCUCUGAAGGUUUAAUAUGAUCUUGAUUUUCGGACAAGUGUCGUGUAGAUGGUGCACGCUUCAGCCUUAAUGUCAACACGUAUUUUUCCCUUCAGAUUGUGUUUUCUGUUGGCAGAAAAAUUACCAACAACAAGCAAUAUGACAACUGCAAAAUUCAUUGGGAAUCCUUUGGUACACUUGAUUGCGAACAGAUUUUUAAUUAGUAAAGCUGAGAUUUGAUCAUCUCAUUCUAAUCAAGUUGAAAGGUAGCAUGUGAGUGGAGUAAUGAAUAGUAUCAUCUUCAAAUUCAUCUGAUCACUUGUCUUUUCACCAAUGCUUCUUUGUAUAUCUCAUUCAAUAAUGAACUUAAGGCAAGUUUCAUGGUGGUUUUUGAUGGCUAUUUUGAUGUACGAGUACCGACGUCCUAAGUUGCCCUAGGUGGGUCAUGAAUUUGGAAUUUUGUUUAGUUAGAAUCUGGAUGUGGACUUUUGUUUUAUGUUAAACAAAGC